AGCGUUGAGAUGCUGAACACAAUGAGGAAGACUUUGGGACAUUCAUAAAUAUUAUAUUUUUGACUAGCAGGUCGUCUUCUUCUUCUUCUUCAAAGGCAUGAAGGUGUCAUGUUGGUGCAGGCUGGGCGUCACCAUCUUGCUGCUGCUGUUGCAGCUGGGCAUCAGUCAGCUGUGCAGGUCCUUCACCACGCUGUUGGAUGGCUUCCACACGCUCUUCAUCCUCAUGCACAUUGCUCUUCCACACCCACAACUGAAGCCCCCCAGAGGACCCGGCGUUCAGCCCCCCCACCCCCCUCUUAGGCCACUAGUGGGUCACGUGUCCCACCCUGACAGCAGGACUGGGCCUGUGGGGGCCUUUCUCUCUGCCCUCGUGCUGGCCUCUCUUUGCAUCUCCUGCUUUAUGCAAGUCAUCAGCUUCCCCCUAGACCCCCACCCUGUGGAGCGGCCCUUGUUGCUGUUAGUCGCCGGCCUGGUCAGUCUGCUGCACAAGGUGGUGGUGCUCAUAUGGCUGACCUGGAAUCAGCAGCGAGGGGGCCAGCCUGAGCCUGAAUGUCACAUCGAAGCCAACCACGCAGCCUUGGCUCAGGAGGUGAGCAGAGUUCAGUCUGAAACGGAGCGCUCCUCGGACCACAGCGGGGAGCUGGUCCUCUGUGACCCGGCAAGCUCCAGUGUUCCAGAUGGAGGGAGGCGUCCCCAGGUUGGAGCGCAGGAGCCGAAGCCCUGCAAACCCGAGAGUCUGCUUAAAGACGGUGGAUGUCCCGCCUUGGCUCAGGAGCACUCCCCAGUUGAAGUUUGCAGAGUUCAGUCUGAAACGGAGCGCCCCUCGGACCACAGCGGGGAGCUGGUCCUCUGUAACCCGGCAAGCUCCAGUGUUCCAGAUGGAGGGACGUGUUUCCAGGAUCUGAAGCCCUGCAAACCAGAGAGUCUGCCUAAAGAUGAUGGAUGUCUCGACCACACAUCAUUACAUGACCCCAGCAGCAGGUGGCCCUUCUGUCCACCCACUUGGGUCUACUUCAUACACAGUCUGUCCACUUCAGUCCUGGUCCUAAUCACGAGCCUCGUGUUGCUGCUGGUGGGCCCCGAAGACUAUAUGGUCUACCUGGAUCCAAGCGUCGCCAUCCUGGCUGUCAUGAUACUGGUGGCUGGAACCUCACCACAGGUGCACAGGUACGGACUGAUGCUCAUGCAGGCCACGCCUCCACACCUGUGUGUCUCAGAUGUCACCAUGAAGAUCGGGAAUGUGCCAGGAGUUGAAGCGGUGCACGAGCUCCACAUUUGGGAAUUGGCGGAUUCCCUCAUGGUGGCCUCGGUCCACGUGCGCUGUCAUGCGGCCUUUACGGCACACAGGUGUGCUGACCUGAUGUCGGGCGUCACCAAAGUGCUGCAGAAUGCGGGGGUGAGUUGCUGCACCGUGCAGCCAGAGUUCGCCCCCACGGCUCUCCUCAAAAAUGAGCCUUUGGUCUGCAGCUUGUCAUGUGGUCAAGUCUGUGCUGGCCACACCUGCUGCCCUCUGCCUGCAAGCCAAGACUGCACAGGCCUGCCAGCACCUGCAGCUGGAAGCACAACAACAGCAGUACCUUAAACACAGGACACACGCACAAUAAAGGAAAACGGGUUCAUGUGACCGCACAUUUUUAAAUACAGUACUGUAUCCUGUUUAUUAUAUUGUAACAGAGAUGAUUGCAUGCGUUGCAUACAUGCUAAACUUCUGUUAAUGUUAGUGGACAGUUUAUUGAUUAAAAAGAACUGU